ACGUCGGGGGAUCGCUUCCUGGUGCCGAGAGAGGCGGCGAUUAAGGACGGGUCGCGGGAGGGUCCUGGAAUGCUAGGCUGUGUGGCUUCGCGCCGUCCCUUCCUUUGGGGAUGGACGAGGACGGGCUGCCUCUCGUAGGUUCGGGCAUCGACCUCACCAAGGUUCCAGCCAUCCAACAGAAGAGAACAGUGGCGUUUCUAAACCAAUUUGUAGUUCACACUGUUCAGUUCCUUAAUCGAUUCUCCACAGUUUGUGAAGAGAAACUGUCUGCACUUUCCCUCCGUAUUCAACAAAUUGAGACCACACUCAAUAUUCUGGAUGCAAAGUUGUCUUCUAUCCCUGGCUUAGAAGAUGUCAAGUUUGAAGUAUCCAGCACCAGUGGCAACGGUAUUACUAAUGGCCUUGUCUCACAACCCUCAAUAGAUCCACAGUCGACAAAUGCAUCCCCACAUUCAGAGGGCAAUUCACCAGAAGCUGAACAACAGAAGCCAGAAGAAGCCACAAAAAAUAUCACAACUGUAGCAAAAGAUCCACGUUAUGCCAGAUAUCUCAAAAUGGUUCAAGUGGGUGUUCCUGUAAUGGCCAUAAGGAACAAAAUGAUCUCUGAGGGGUUAAAUCCAGAUCUUCUUGAGACACCAGAUGCUGCAGUUGCUGCUUGGGGAGAUGAGGCAAAUGCAGAGGAAACAUCUGACAGUGAAUCCUCCUUUAGUGACUAAAGGCUAUGGUGUAUGAGUGUGGGGAUGGGUGUGUGAUAUGUGUAUAUGGAGUUUUUUUUUUCCAUUGGCUCUUCUCAAACUUUCUUUAUAAGUGCUUAAUCUAAAAGAUUUCCAGAUAGCUUGAGCCAAAUGAGGUAAUCUUUAAGAAAUAGUAAUGAUGUAUUGUUAUCUUCUCAUUGUCUUCCGCAGAAUUUUAAAUGGAGGCUCCAGUCACUUCUGAUGGGAAACUGGUAGGCUGAUUUAGAAUGUGGUGGCCUUUACAUAUAUUAUGGUUGUUCCAAGAAAGCUCAGGGUGAAGUUGAGAUGUGAGAGAAACUUGCAUUUUUAUAAAGUCAAUAAAAUUCCGUAACCCAGACCAUUCUUUGGGCAAAACCCUGUAAAUUACCUCAGUGUGUUUUGGAUCCCCCCCCUCCUGUAAAUGCUGAUUUAUUGUUUUUUGCAUUGUGUUCCUUCAGUAUACAAAAUGCCAUUUACAUAUAUUGGGAUAAAUAUGCACAUUCAGUUUGUCCCAGUGAUUUAAGACUUGGGUUUGUGGCCCUGGGGGAGAGGGGGGAGAGGGAAUGGUGACAGAUAGGAGAAAGAAGCUUGGUAGUUAUUUGAAAUGAACCAAUAUUUAUUCCGUGGGAUAAAACUUCUGGACAGUGAUGCUUCACUGCUAUGAAUCUUUCCCAUUGUCUAGCUAUGUUUUCGCUCCUAAAGUAGCACAGCAGCAAAAUUCUGCAUUUUGCAUCAAUGCCAGCAAAGCUGAUAGGAUUUCAGUGGGAUUUCUGUGACUGCUGUGCCAUUUCUGUUUAGAACUUCAUUCAUACAUAUUACAAGAAAGCCAAGAAAGAAACGUCCAGGUUGCUUGAGUGGAGAGAACUCUUAUUUUAUUAGAAAAGUUUAAUACAGUAAAGCAAAAAUAUCCAUUACUUAGGAUUUGAAGAACUGCCUCAGUUAAACAACUAACCAGAAGUUUACCUCAUUUUUGAAAGGCAGAUUCCACAAAAUGCACACAUACACACAUGGAAACCUACCAUUUAUUUUAAAACAUGUGAGUUUCCUUAUCAAGAGGUUUGAGUUUGUGUACAUGUAUUUUAAGUACACUUGUCUUAAUGGGUGGGGAAAGGAGAAUGGGAAACAGCCUUUGCAAUCCAUCAAAAUACAAAUUAAGGAAUGCAUAAACAUUUUGAGGAUUGAGUCUUAAUCUACUUGGAGCCCAUUCACAUGAACAAAUAGAGUGCUAUAUUCCACCUGAAUAGCCAUGGCAACAUCUGGAAUCCUUGGACUUGUAGUUUGAGGAGGCACUGGUGAUCUUCAGUUAAGAAUUUUAAAUGCUCCUCCCUAAACCGCAAAUCCCAGGAUUCCAUGGGAUGGUGCCAUGGAAGCUAAAAUUGAAUAUAGCAUUAUAAUUGUGUAGUGUGAAUGGGCCCCAGAAGGUUUUCACUUUUGAUCUUAAGCUGUUUUAAGAUGACUUCAUAUUAUACUCUGAGCAUUAUUUAAAUGUACACAUAUGGGUCCAAUUUUCAAAACCAGUAAGCCAGAAUUCUAGGGAAUCCUGAAAUUCACAAGUAAAAACAUUGCCCAGUUGCUCCUACUUGGCUUCUCUUACAAGCAGAAGUGGCUUCAGUAGUUGGAGAGUCAUUAGGAUUAGCAUUCCAGUUUAGGAGGGACCUCUGCUAUACAGUAUUGGUCCCAUGAGAAGCCAGAGACUGAAGACAGAAUCUCAGGUAGGUUUCUGAGUCCUGGCUUGUUUGGAAAUGACAAACAAUGAGUCUGGUUUGGGCAUAGCACUAAGCUUUUUGUACCUAAUGUGUUCUUGGUUACUGAAAUCACUUUCUCUGGUGGGAAGAGCUGAGCAGAGUGUCAUUGGGGAAUAUACACUAGCAACUUUGUGAACCAUAGGCCAGGAUUCUCACUCCAUGCCAACACAGGUACACUGGGAAAACUAUAUCAAUACUAUGUAUACUCAGUAAGGAGCUGCAGUUGAUCAUGACUUCAUCAUGCAUCACCAUGUUGCAAAAUAGAUGUGUGUACAUUAGACACAUUGUUUAUUUUUCACCCUGUAACAAACAGAUGACAGUCUCCAAGUUGGCCCUAGCAUGUUCCUACCCCGCCAUUUUGAAUUUCCUUUGUGUAUGCUAAAUAUAUGUUAUGUACAACAAAAGCCAAAAUGGCCUUUAUGCAUCAAUGCCCAGUUUGAAGUUGAAACAUGAGGGGUCAGGGAUUUAUACUUCUCGUAGUCAGGAGAGUUAUGACUGCAGCAGAGAAGUCAAAUCUCACACAGUUUUUCUGGUUGGGACAUUCCAAGACAUUUGUUCAAGUCUGAAAUUAUGAGUUCCUUUGGAAUUGGUCAAGACAUUGUGUUUCAAAUAACAAAUCUAAAAGUUUAACCUGUAUCUAGAUUUUUAUUUAGCCAAAUGCAACUAGUAUUAUCAAUAUCUGUUUGUCAGCAGUAAAUAACUUACAGUGGUAAAAUACGUGUUAACCGAUGCUGCCUAAUAAGACAUAUAUUGUGUACUAAACACUGGGAACAUGAUCCUCUAUAUUUGAAAAGCAUGCAUGCAUAAUUAAAGGUAUCUUUUGUAAGUCAAA